CAAAAUAUUAUUUAAACAUGAUAGAAAACAAUUGUAAUUUGACAACAAAGUUCUAGAAAAAUAAGAUACAUAAAUCCUUUAUCUAUAAUCAUCAAAAUAUUAUAAAAAUCUGAUGAAAGAAACUGUCUCUUUCGAGGGGUUGAGAGAUAAUAAAUUCGACAACGAUUACGGAUAUUACCACAACUUAUUGCCACCACAUGAACAUGAAUUGGUCAAAAUCGGCAGCUCUUGAUUCAACGUUUUCCUUCUAUUAAUAGCGACCAAUUGUGUCUUUCAAUCAACACAACUCAACCAUGAACUCUUGUUGCUUCCCUCUCUUCAUCUUUGCAUUCGUUAUCUUUCUCCGGUGUUUAAGUCCCAUUGAAGCUGCCACGUGUCAUCCUGAUGACGAGGCGGGUCUUUUAGCUUUUAAAUCGGGUAUAACUCAAGAUCCUACGGGUAUUCUCAGCUCUUGGAAGAAAGGUACUGACUGCUGUUCAUGGAAGGGUGUCGGUUGUCUCACCAACCGCGUCACCGGACUCACUAUCAACGGACAAUCUGAUGUUACUGGAAGCUUUCUUUCUGGCACUAUCUCGCCGUCAUUGGCCAAACUCCAACACCUUGUUGGUAUUUACUUCACCAAUCUUCGAAACAUCACUGGUUCUUUUCCUCAAUUCCUUUUCCAAUUACCAAAUGUAAAACAAGUCUACUUCACGAAUAGCCGUCUCUCCGGUCCUCUUCCAGCUAACAUUGGUGCGCUAAGCGAGUUAGGAGAACUAAGUCUCGACGGAAACCUGUUUACUGGUCCGAUCCCGAGUUCCAUUUCCAAUUUAACCCGGUUAUAUCUGCUCAAUCUUGGAGAUAAUCUCUUAACCGGAACUAUACCUUUAGGUCUUGCUAAUCUCAAGAUCUUGUUGUCACUCAACUUUGGCAACAAUCGUCUCUCUGAAACCAUACCGGAUAUUUUCAAAUCCAUGCAGAAGCUCCAAUCUCUAACCCUCUCCCGCAACAAAUUCUCUGGAAAUCUUCCUCCGUCCAUUGCAUCACUCAAACCAAUUCUCAAUUACCUCGAUCUAAGCCAGAAUAAUCUCUCUGGGACAAUCCCGACCUUUUUAUCAAACUUCAAGGUACUAGACUCAUUGGAUCUUUCUAGAAAUAGGUUCUCUGGGGUUGUUCCGAAGAGUUUAGCCAAUAUGCCUAAACUUUUCCAUCUCAAUCUCUCCCACAAUUUUCUAACUGGUCCACUCCCUGCCAUGAAGAACGUUGAUGGCCUUGCCACUCUAGAUCUUUCAUACAACCAAUUUCACCUCAAAACGAUACCGAAAUGGGUGACCUCGUCGCCGUCCAUGUACUCGUUGAAGCUGGUAAAAUGCGGGAUCAAUAUGAGCUUAGACAAUUGGAAGCCAGUGAGACCCAAUAUUUACUUUUACAUCGAUCUGUCAGAAAACGAGAUCUCAGGGAGUCUAACAUGGUUCUUCAACCUAGCGCAUAACCUAUAUGAGUUUCAAGCGUCAGGGAACAAACUUCGAUUCGACAUGGGGAAGCUGAAUUUAAGUGAGAGACUAGAAAGCCUCGAUCUAUCAAGGAAUUUGAUAUUUGGGAAGGUACCAAUGACCGUGGCUAAACUGCAAAAAUUGAACUUGAGUCAUAACCAUCUUUGUGGAAAGCUUCCAGUGACUAAAUUCCCGGCCAGCGCGUUUGUCGGUAAUGACUGUCUCUGCGGCUCUCCGCUUUCUCCUUGUAAAAUUUAGCGGCAAAAAGGUACAAUUUUGUAGUUGAGUACUGUAACACAUAGCUCUGAAUAAGAUUUGUAAUAACAAAAUUAGCCUACUCGGCUACGCCAUACAUGGACAUGAUUUUUAUUUUUUUUACUGGAAUAGAAAAUAACAAAAUAUUUAAGGGGAAAAUCACAUUUUAAACCUAACACUGAGCAGCACUUUAAACCUCAAGAUAUUUUCACUAGCAUUAUAAACCUCCAAAUUAAUUAAACUAACACUCUAGAUCUCCAAAUUAACAUUUUUUGUUUGUACAGCCCUAAAAGAUAACAGAACAGAACACUAACUAACAGAACAUUAACAGAAGUUACAGAAUAAUGAACUUUUGUCAGUUAAAAGAAAAAGUAAAACAUGUUUAGAAAAA